ACUGCCAACAAAAACCCACACUUCUACCAAUAAACACAGUGCCAGCUGCCACCGGCCUUCUUUCCCGUGGGAUUGGGAUUAGGGUUUCAAAAUCCCCAAAUCUUACAACUCUAUUUUUGCAUCGAUAAUCCCAAUCAACAUAGGAUUCUGUCAAUUCACGCAUAAGGGUCGCCUUAUAUAUUCUUUAUUUGAUAAGAUGUGAGAGAGUGGAUGAUCAAGAAGAUACAUAAAUUCUUGCUCGUCUCAAUUCCCAAUUUGGGAUCAAGAUGUUCGGAAAAAAGGCUACAUUUUCACUUGUUCUUGCUUGCGUUUCAUGAUUCCGCCGAUAAAAAGUUAGAAUAUUCGAUCUCUAAGCGUCGGAUGACAACACCUCAACUCCGAGUUUUGGUGCUAUAAACUUAAAGAGAAGGCUCCCUCAACUCGGGCUGUGAUUCAAUCCCUGCUACAUGGUUAUUGUCAAGAAUCAAAUCUGUGAUUUCGGUUUAAAUUCUGUGAAAUGGGGUCAUCUGGUUUCUUUGUGGUCUGCAUGCUACACUCGUUGAUAUCCAUAGCUUGUGGAGGUCUGAUUAUGUUUUAUCUUAAAGAAAUCUCAGUUCUUGGGCACGGAGUCGAGACGGCAAGGAUGCUGUUGGGAUCAACUCCUCAUGAUCAGCUGUUAAUUCGGACAUCAAAUUCAUUUGUUGGGUUGCUAUUGGUUCUGAUUGGGUGUUUGUUGUUCAUGGUGGCUUUCGUUAAGGACAGGGAGUUCCAAGGCUUCUUUGCUAAGGGCUGCGUUCUCCUUCAUUUCUCAAUGGCCCUCUGGAGGGUCUACUUUGAGAGAAGAUUGGAGGAUUUGGCCCACGAUUGGCCGAGGCAGCUAGUUGGUGAUAUUGUACUGGCGCUUUCAUGGGUAUUCUUUCUUGUAUACGCAUGGGGAGAGAAAUAUGAUUAGGCCCAAGAGGAGCAGAUUCUUUGAUGUUUGAGUAUGUCUAUGGAUGACAUUGAUGAUGUUCUAUGAGUUGUGGCCUUGUGUGAAUGUCUAUGAAUCUUUUUUAAAGAAAGGGAUUAAUUUAAUUAGAUUAAA